CUCCAGUGUCAGAACGUGUGGGCUGUUCCAAGAACAAUGCGCCACUUCGCUCUUACCUUUCUGCUUGGACUUUACGUAGAUUUAUUUCUAGUACAGCCCUAAAACUUGUGGGUCGUCCUCAAGAGCCAUGCUCUAUUUCAUAGUAACCCUUCUGCUGGGACUCUACGUCCAAACCUCCGUGCUUCGUCGUACAGAUUUAGAGGACCUGUAUAAUAUGUUGAACACCUCUAAUCCGAUAUACAUAAUCCAGCGGACUUACGGCCGAAAUCCGACAGAGAAGGAAAACGUUUGUGACUACUACGUGAAAGUUCGACUGAAUACGACAUACUACGAAUUUAAUUUAACAAGGGCUACUGGAAAACGCCGACGUUUCGAGGCGACCAUAACGGAAAAAAUGAAGAAGCCCGCUUUGAUCAUUCGAAAGCCUACAAAGGGGCUUCAACAAAUGGUGUUCAAUCAAGAAACCACAAUGGAGCUCACUAAGCUCAAUAAAGAAACCACAAAGGUGCUCAUUUAUUGGGACGAUGAUGAAAAAUGUGGAGUAUUUAAAGUGAAAAAAGACAACAAAACUCAUUGUGAACUUCACGCGUGGAAUGACACACUGCAUGGAUAUUUCGCAGUUUUUUCGAAUUAUUAUAGUGGCUGCAUAGAGAAGUACGAAGAUGCUUGUCGGCAUCAGAAAUCACAUACAGUGAAUCUUCCUCUGGUGCCCUGCCUACAGGAAGAGAAUAAUUGGGGAUAUGGGUAAAGUAUGGACACAACGUACGCAAAAAUAAAAUUAUAGUGCAAGA